AUGCCGCCACUGAUGGAACCAGAACCUGUGAUGAACCUCCUUGAUUCUUUCUGGUGUGAGCAAAAUGUUGUGAGCAAAAACUCAUGCUCAUCACCAAGUUCUGCUGAAAACCAAAUCCAAACCAGCCACACCCGAUCCAUGAGUGACCAAUCCAGCAUUGUCAAGAAUAAGAAGAAGAAGAAGAAAAGGAGACUACGCAGGAGUGUGUCACAACUUGAACUUAAGGAGCUUAAAGGGUUCAUGGAUCUGGGUUUUACUUUCUCAGAGAAAGAUAAAAAUUCAAGGUUGGCUUCAGUCCUUCCAGGGUUGAAAAGGCUGGGGAAGAAGAGAGAAGAAAAAGAGGAAGAAGUUGUGAUUUCAAGGCCUUACCUCUCUGAAGCAUGGGAGUUUCUUAAAGAUGAAAAACCCUGUUAUUAG